CCACCGCGCCCGCGCACCGCUGCAUUCAUUCGUAACAGGUUGUGCUUCUUGUUGCUGUGUCAGUCGGAAAGCCCUUUAGGAUGGUCGAUAUUUUGUCGUAAAUCAGCGCAAACUACCGAUUAUCUUCGUUGAUAAUGUCUCCCUACGGAUAAAAGAGCUUCUUCUAUCUAGAAGGCGCUCAGUUUACCACGGAAUAUCCCUCAACAUCCGACCAAGAAAUGGGGAAAAGGAAACGAAGUCGUGGUAGUUCGCGUCGAGGAGUGUCAUUGGUUCACUGGUUCAGGAACAAGGGACUUCGCUUGCAUGACAACCCUGCUUUACGAGAGGCUCUGGUGGGUGCUAAAACCUUCCGAUGUGUGUACAUCUUGGAUCCUUGGUUUGCUAGAUCACCCAACCAGGGUGUCAAUAAGUGGAGAUUCCUGCUUCAGUGCUUGGAAGAUCUUGAUUCAAGUCUCCGCAAACUUAACUCUCGACUGUUCCUUGUCCGUGGCCAGCCUUCUGAUGUAUUUCCCAAACUUUUCAAGGAGUGGGGAGUAACUAGGUUAUCUUUCGAGGAGGACCCAGAGGUAUUUGGCAUUCAGCGAGAUGCUAAGAUCAAAACACUAGCAGCAACAUUCAAAGUACAAGUCAUCACCAGAAUGUCACAUACACUCUACGAUCCAAAGGAGAUUGUGAAGAUGAAUAAUAGCAAUCCACCGCUAACUUACAAGCAUUUCCAGUAUCUCAUCUCACUCCUUGAUCAACCAACAUUCCCUGAGGAGACCAUAACGCUAUCCGACAUUGAAGGAAUCAACACAGCCAUUGCAGCCAAUCAUGAUUCUAAGUAUGGACUAGCAACACUGGAAGAGCUGGGGUUUGAUUCGGAAGAUAUCCCACCACCAGUCUGGAUAGGGGGAGAGACUGUUGCCAAGCAACAGUUGGACCGGCAUCUGGAACGAAAGGCAUGGGUUGCCAAUUUUGAACGUCCUCGCAUGUCCAGUGCAUCACUGAUGGCUUGCCCUACUGGAUUGGGCCCAUAUCUCAGGUUUGGGUGUCUGUCGCCAAGAUUGUUCUACUGGAGACUGACUGAACUCUACCAAAAGAUGAAGAAGACGAGCAACAUUCCAUUGUUUCUUCACGGUCAGCUCUACUGGCGAGAGUUCUUCUUCACAUUGGGAUACAACAACCAGAAAUUGGAUCAGAUGGUUGGCAAUCCAAUUUGUAUUCAAAUACCAUGGGAGAAGAAUGAAGAAGCCUUGCAGAGAUGGAGAGAUGGCCAGACUGGAUUCCCAUGGAUUGAUGCUAUCAUGAUCCAGUUGAGACAAGAAGGUUGGGUGCAUCCAGUGGCUCGGCAUGCUGUAGCCUGCUUCUUGACAAGAGGUGACUUGUGGAUCAGCUGGGAGGAAGGGGCAAAGAUAUUUGAGGACCUUCUGCUUGAUGCUGAUUGGAGUGUGAAUGCUGGGAAUUGGAUCUGGUUGUCAUGUUCCUCUUUCUAUCAGCAGUUCUUCCACUGUUACACAUUUUGCCCAGUCAAGUUUGGUCAGCAGACAGACCCCAAUGGUGACUUCAUACGUAAGUACAUCCCAGCUCUGAAGAACUUCUCUUCCAAGUACAUUUACAACCCAUGGACAGCUCCGCUUGAAAUCCAAGAACAGGCAAAAUGCACCAUUGGUAAAGACUAUCCUUUCCCGAUGGUUAACCACAAUGAGGCAAUUCGUAGAAACACCGAGCGAAUGAAUAACAUCCUGCAGAAUGUCUCCUCCAAGACUCCUAAGUACAUCCAUGAUGAGUGCUCCACUGGUGUUCCGUCCUUCUGUCGAACAUCCAGCAGUACCUGGGUAUCAAACACACCCCAAGAGCCACUGCGUAAAAUGCCACAUCUAUCCCAGGAUUCCAUGCCAGUGUUGUCUCAUGAUAGAAUGCUGUCACAGGGGAGUAUGGCUUUGCUCCCACAAGAUGAAGUACCGGGUACCAGUGGGUAUAUGUCUACAAAUCAAUCUACUAUGCUGACAUUGACAGAUCCAUACACAUGUAAUAUGACACAAGAGAGUCUGGUGGCUGCUCAGCCCUCCCAGGAUGCACCUGGAACAUCCUGGAAUGACUCCAACAAUCUAGCCAAUCAGUAUUUCAAUCAGUAAUGAAUCCAUAAUGAAUCUGGAUUCCAUUACAUCAGUCAGUUUCACUAGAUCUCAUUUUCCCCAGAUCUCAUUUUCCCCAUCCCAUAAUGUUCAACCAAAUAAUGAGGAUAUUAUGAUGAAUUACAGGGUGUAAGGUAAGAUGGUUAUAUAUGUGGAGACAGUUUCUUGUAAAAAACAUGUAAAAGUUUACAGAAAAUAAAUUAAAAUGUGUAAUAUACACUAGGAAUAUUACAAGAUCAAUAAUUUAUGAUUCAUAAGUUUGUAUAAUUCUAGCUUGUGGAAUCUCAAAGCAGAGGGGAUGCGUUUGAGCCUGAGUUAAAUUCCAAGCUCUAAUAAUUGUGAAAUAAUGAGUCAGUCCCCUACCAAUUCCAAAUUAGAACUGCCAGACAUUACUGAUUCUUAAAGAUUCAUCUUGGUAGGUGAACCUACAUGUAGUCCCCCAGAGACUGUGGAUAAGUUGAAGCUUUAGAUCUCAUCAUUUUGCCCACACUUCUGAACAAAAAUUGUUUUUCUGAAGCAGAUAAUCACUUUGCAGGGUCCUCCAUAGUUAUCAAAAUUUUUCCUAUGAUAAUGCAAAAUUUUUCUCAAUGUUUGAUGUUUGGAAUUGGUUCUAGAACCUCAGCUGGAGUUUGGAGAUAUCUGUGUUAUGUUCACAGCUCAAUGCAUUUAAUGCUUUAGUUAAAUGAGCAAUAUUUGGGGAAGAAUCAAUGUCUCAUCAUUGGUAAAUUUAACCAUCCCUAGGAACAUGUAUACUGAGCAAAUGAAACAUAAAUACUAGCUGAAAAACAAUACAGGCGAUUCACAAUGCAGGGCACCACCUACAGGUUGUCAUGGAGAGGCCUUUUCACAGUACAUGGUGGGAUAAAGUCUCGUUAAAAAAGUCUCAUCCACUAUCUGCUCUGUGUGCGGAAAACUGUGUGCGGAAUGAUUACCUUGGUUGAAAAUUCGAAAUUGCUUAUUGCAAAUGGGUGUGAGGUAGUCACAAUGGUUUGUAGUGCAGGGAAAGCCUCAGUCAAUCAAAUAUCCCCAAAUUACAUUUGAAAUGCACUUAAUCGUAGCAGCGUGUUAAGCAUAAACUUGAAAAGUUGCCUGUCUGCAGCAAACUCUUGGUGGCGCACUGUAUCAUGAAUUGGCCGUAUUGUAUCAAAGCCUUUAAGUUGAUUCCGUAAAGUAGUUUAUUCGAAGAAUAAUCAUUAUAUGAUUGAACAAUUUAUUUGAUUAAAUGGCCAUCUUGGAGCUUGCCACUAACUAUAGACUAACUAUAGUAAAUGGAAAGUCGUGGAAUUCUUCAGGAAUUUGUUAACGAUAUCAGAGGUCAAGAUGUAAAAACUAAAAAGAAAACAGAUGCUGUUACUAAAUAGUUGGUGCUUUAUGAACUUUAUUACAUUUUACCUGGAAUUUUUGCAUAAUUAGAAUGGUUUGUCAGAUAUAAUAGGGACUUCAUUAUGGGUUAUAAAUAAAGUGAAUAUAUACCAGAGUAGCAUUAUUUUAUUGUAUAUUUCUGUCUCACCGCUUGUAGUGCAUCCACAUUCGGAUUUGAAAUCAAUUAACAAUGAAACUGUUCAGUACAGUGGCUUUGAUGAAGUUUUCUUCUUUGUGUACUAUAUUUGUGCUUGAAAACUCGUAAGGGGUAUCUGUUGUGUUCAUGUAUAUCUGUAAAUAUCUAGUCAAAUGAAUUUGAACAAAACACCACGCUUGGAGGAAUGGUUUGGAACAAUUCUGGAUUGUGCCUUUCCAGAGAAAUAUUUGUUUUUGUCAAUAGAUGCUUUGCCUUUUUGUUUUGUAGAAUUCCAGUCAAUGACAAACAUAUUUAUGUCAAAAAUGAAACAUCCCCAUGUUGUGAUAUUUUGUUACUAUGUAAUGCUACUCCACUUAGUGUUAAGAAUUAAGUGUAAUUCUAAAACAUUUUCUCAAGUUACAGGUUUACAUUUUAGCACUGAGGCACUUUAAUUAAGUUAUAUGUCAGAUUUAAUUUCAAUUAAAAAGUCAUGUUUUGGUUGCAGUCAUAAAAGGUUACUUACGUACAUUUUAUUGUAAGCCAAGCACAGCAGGUUAAAGAAUCAAUAACAGAUGCUGGAUAUAGAAUUAACAUUGUAAAAAUCUUGUCGUCAACCUUCGCAAGGUUCUUAAGGUUAACAAAUUUGUUCGGGAAAUUAUUAAUCUUUGUACCACUUCAGAAAAAAAGCACACACACUUUACUCGUACUUCAUGUUAGUAUUUGUACAAAUGAUCUGGGAUUCUUUUAUAAUUUAUGGACUGGUAUUAAGAGGCUUGUCUGGAGCACAAUUGACCCAAUUGUAAUUGUCAGUAUAUGUACACGUAUUAAACAAUGAUUUAGCAUCAUGUUAAAUUUUUUUCCAAUAAGUCUAACAAGAACUUCUGUAAUAUACUUUAAUGACUUUAGUGUGGAAAAGACUUUAAUAAAUAGAGAGAAAUGUAAUAAAGACUUUUAAAUAAGAUUUGAA